UACCAUAUCGAGAAUGGCAAGGAAGAAUGCCUUACCCCGUCCGGGCCCCAGACGCUGUCGCUCUUGAUGGUCCCGACCUCAUCGCCAUUUGCCGGUCUGUCCUCCGCCGAUCCACAAUCGCAGACUCCAGAAGAGGACUUCUACCUUCACCUACAUCUACCGCCCGAGCUGGAUCUGCCCCUACCUGCCACCACCCAGAUAUACCACCAACCGCCGAGCAGCUAUCUCAUCCCGCGGUGGGACAUAGGCCCAGAGAGUGGCGCGUUUACCAGGAUAGAGUUCCCCAGUAUUGGCGAGGGGAGGGUUUCGCAGGAGGACGUGGAUACCUUCGAGACGAUCCUCGCGCAAUGCACGGCGUUCUUGGAGCGGGCGCCGCCUCCGAGAGGCGCGCGCCCCAGCAAGUCGAAGAGUGCGGAGGAAAGUAUUCCCCCGUAUGAUCCGUCGGCUUUCAAACCGGGAGAGGGAUAUGUUCAGGGCAGCUCGAGCUCUCAUGCGGGGGGGCAGAUAGUCCUGGUUGAUGAGGAAAAUGGGAGUGUGGUUGGUGAGCUGGGUGAAGGCUUCAACGUGGUUGAAGACAGCAAGAUGAAAUCUGGGUCGAAAGAUCCUGUGGAGAUCACACUCCCUGAAGACGGAUCGCAAAAUAUCAGUGUUGCGCCCGCCUCAGCCAAAUACCUCGAAAUGGCCAUGCACCCCGCCUACAAAAACUCCACACUUGUCUCCAAAGCUGCUGUGGCCUCCCGCCUCAUCGUCACCACCUCCGGUUACGUAUCCAAGACUCUCCAAACGCAAGCCGAUAACUUCACGCAAAAGACAAAACCGGCUUCUAAGCCCUUGACAUUCACACCGACCACUCAUGCGCGAAUCCGCAAGGUGCACACCUUCUCCGAAGGCGCCGCUGGCUUGAGCGCCAAGACCGUGGGUCAGGUAACGAAGUACGCGCAGAAUCUCGGUGCUACGUUGGCCAAGCGCGGCCAGAGCCAGAGAGGAACGCGAGGCAUUGGUCCCGAUGGCAAACCGAUAGAGGACUACAAGCCCGGUCUGUUGAACAAGAGCAUGAUGGCCUUCUCCACGAUUGCGGAUGGUAUCGACCAAGCGGGGCGCAAUCUCCUAGCCUCUACUUCCACGGCCGCGACGACCGUCGUAAGCCACAAGUACGGCCCCGAAGCGGGAGCGAUCUCGCGGAGUAUCGGCGGCGGCUUCAAGAACGUCGGGCUGGUGUAUAUCGACGCCGCUGGAGUAUCGCGGCGGGCGAUCGUCAAGUCCGUGGCUAAGGGCAUGGUGGUCGGGAAAGUCAGGGGAGGCGGCGACCUGAUUGUUGGCGGCGGAGACGGUGGUCGUGCGAGCCCCGUGCCAUCUGCAACCGAGAAGCCAAUGAACUGGAAAGAGAGAGAAGCUUCCGAGGGCAGGUACACGGAUGACGCUUCGAUCAUGAGCGGUGGCAGAGCAAGCCCCGAGGUAGUUGGUUAUGGGAGAGCGGCACCACCAUCGUAUGCCACUGGUGUAGGGGAGACGAUUGAAGGACAGAGGGCCGCGAGAGAUACCAAACACUAGGGAUUGGAUAAAGGGGUGGGGGGACGGGCAUUAUAUGGGAGUUUUUUUUUACCUCGAUUUUCUUUACUUUUUUUCAUACCAUAUAUGUAACGAGCAUGUUGGCUAUGACUCGAACGCGGCGUCGUUAUCUAUCUAACGAGAAAUGACCAAUAUCCGGAUUUUUUCUUCGAAA